AUGACGCUCUCUCAAUACGACUACAUCUUUGCCAUUGGCACCAUGUUUGCCAUGCUGGAUGCCUACAACAACGGUGCUAACGAUGUUGCCAACGCCUGGGCCACCAGUGUCUCUUCCCGAUCCAUCAGCUAUCGACAGGCCAUGAUCUUUGGUACCAUCUUCGAGAUGCUCGGUGCCAUCACCGUCGGUGCCCGAACCGCCGAUACUAUCAAGAACGGCAUCAUCCCCAACGAGGCCUUCCAGGGCAAUGCCGGCGUCCAGAUGCUCGCCUUCACCUGCGCUCUCGCUGCCGCUUCGUCCUGGGUCAUGUGGUGCACUAAGCACUCCGCCCACGUCUCGUCCACCUACUCUCUCAUCUCUGCCGUCGCUGGUGUCGGUGUUGCUACCGUCGGUGCCUCGCAGGUCCAGUGGGGAUGGAAUGGUGGCAAAGGUCUAGGCGCCAUCUUUGCUGGUCUCGGCAUGGCUCCAGCUAUCUCUGCUUGUUUCGGUGCUACUAUCUUUAUGCUCAUCAAGGUUGUCGUCCAUAUGCGCAAAAACCCCGUCCCCUGGGCUGUCUGGACCUCGCCCUUUUUCUUCCUAAUCGCCGGGACUAUUUGCACCCUUUCCAUCGUCUACAAGGGUUCCCCUAACCUGGGCCUCAACAAGAAGCCCUCGUGGUAUGUCGCUUCUGUCACUAUGGGCACUGGCAUUGGUGUCGCUACCCUCGCCGCUCUUUUCUUCGUCCCUUUCGUCUACGCUAGAAUUCUCAAGAAGGAUUAUACUGUAAAGUGGUAUAUGUUCCUUAUGGGUCCUCUCCUGUUCACUCGCACCCCUCCUGCCGACGCGAUCCAUGCUCAAGUCCCCGAUUACGCCGUUGUUCAGCACCACGAUGACGAUGACGAGCCCCCCAACUCUCCCGAUUCCAUCACCACGGAUUCCAUCACCGAGGCUGGUGAUGCCAGUAAGAAUGUCGACACCAGCGAGAAGAGCCUCGUCGCUGCCGAGACCAACCAGGCUUCUUAUAAGGACCUCAUGAAAAAGGGCCAAGAAAAGUUCCAUGCUUCUCUCCGCAAGAAGGCCGGUCCCCUCGGCUGGGCCAUGCGCACUCUGUACAACAACCCCAUGGGCCCUGGCCAGAUGUACGAGUUGAGCAACAUCCGAAUUCUCCUUAUCCGUAUCCCCGCUAUGAUUACCUGCGGCCUUCUCUACGGCCUCCACUACGAUAUUCAUGCUGCUCAGAGCGGUAUCUCUGGUACUCCCGAGGGUGAGCGUAUGGCCCGUGUCUAUGCCCACGCUAAGAAGUAUCCUAAUGAGGUCGAGCACACCUACUCUUUCGUUCAGGUCCUGACUGCUUGCACUGCUUCCUUUGCACAUGGUGCCAAUGAUAUCGGAAACUCUGUCGGCCCUUGGGCCGUUAUCUAUGGCGCCUGGUCUACUGGGGAUGCCGCUGAGGCCAAAGCCGUAGUCCCCGUCUGGCAAUUGGCUGUCCUCUCUGCCACUAUCUCGCUGGGUCUUAUUACUUACGGGUACAACAUCAUGAAGGUCAUGGGAAAUAAGAUCACCUACCAUUCUCCCAGCCGAGGCUGCUCUAUGGAGAUGGGUGCUGCCGUUACCGUUCUCCUCUUCUCUCAGUUCUCUCUUCCCGUAUCGACCUCCAUGUGCAUUACCGGUGCCACCGUCGGUGUCGGGUUGUGCAACGGCACCUUGAAGGCUGUCAACUUCCAGCGAGUCGGUCUCUUGGUCUUGGCCUGGAUCAUGACUAUCCCCAUUGCUGGAACUCUGGGUGGUGUCACCAUGGGUCUCUUCCUCAAUGCUCCUCACUUUGCUUGA